CCACCUUCAAUUAAUCUCUCUUUCAACAGUUUGUGAUUAGAAUCUGUGCUUUCCUUGUAUCUAAACAAUGUAUUGAUGGCUGGAAGAAAGCCACAUAGGGGAGGGUGUUCUCACCAUUUCCACAUGCCACCGACGAUUAUAAUAUUAGCAACUGUGCAUGUAAACAAACUUUAGUCAAUCGAAGUAAAGUAAACGCUAUUUUCAUUUUCACGUGUAUCUGAGUUUCAGAGGUCAUGUCUUCCUCUUCUUCUUCCUCCGGUGGCGGAGCAUUCAGGCUUCGUUGGGACGUGUUUUUGAGUUUCAGAGGUGAAGAUACUCGCGAAUGCUUCACCAAAAAACUAUACCAAUCUCUCUACACUCAAGGUAUUCGGGCUUUCAUGGACGAUGAGGGUUUGGACCGUGGAGAUCGCAUAGAUAUCACUCUUCUUCAAGCCAUUGAUGACUCUGCUGCUUCCAUUGUUAUUAUCUCUCCCAAUUACGCUGACUCUCACUGGUGUCUCGAUGAACUUGUCAGGAUUUUUGAAUGUAAGAGACUUGUUAUUCCCGUUUUCUACCAGGUUGAUCCUUCUCAUGUUCGGAAACAAGGGGGUCCUUUUAAAAAGGGUUUUGCUGAUCUUGAAAACAGAUUUGAUAAUGAUAUGGUUUCCAAGUGGAGAGAUGCUAUGAAACAACUUGGUGGACGUGCUGGCCAUGUUUUCAGUAACAGGUUUCUCUAUUUUCUAAUUAUUCUCCUAUUUUGGUACAAUCUUUACUCAUUUCUACUCUCAUGGAUUGUUCUUUUCUUUUUGUUUUUGUUUCUUAGUUAUGAAGGCGAGCGUGAUAAUCUGAUACACCUUUUGGUAAAAAGAGUUUUGAAGGAGUUAAGUAAUACUCCAAUGGUUGUCGCUGACUUUCUAGUCGGACUCGAUACUCGUGUUGAGAAGGUGAUGGAUCUGUUACAACCUCAAUCCAACACUGUCAAGGUCUUAGGGUUGUAUGGGAUGGGAGGUGUUGGUAAGACAACCCUUGCCAAGGCUCUUUUCAAUAGUCUCGUUGGUCGUUUUGAACGUAGAUGUUUCGUUUCAAAUGUGAGACACUCCUCAUCUAAAGAGGGUGGUUUGCUUUCUCUUCAAAGCAAAAUCAUUAAAGAUCUUUCUUCUCAACAAGGAACUCAGAGUUUUAUCGGUGAUGUCAAUGCUGGUCUUUCUACUAUCAAAAAAAUAGUUCAUGAAAAUCGAGUUCUACUAGUGUUGGAUGAUGUUGAUAAUGUAAACCAGCUUGAUGCUUUGAUUGGUAAAAAGGAAUGGUUUUAUAAAGGAAGCUGUAUAAUCAUUACAACAAGGGACACAACUGCUUUGCCUGAAAAAUAUGUCAAUCAGUUGUAUGAAGUCAAAGAAUUGUAUGAUGAAGAAGCUCUACAGUUAUUCAGUUACCAUGCUUUGAAGAAAAAGGACCCUCCAGAAAAUUUUCUGGAAUUUUCAAAGAAAAUUGUAUCUCUUACAGGAAGAAUGCCAUUGGCUUUGGAAGUGUUUGGUUGCUUUCUGUGUGAGAGGAGGAGGGUGGAGGAAUGGGAGGAUGCUAUUGAGAAGCUGAAAACAAUUCGGCCCGGGAAUCUUCACGAUGUGUUGAAGAUAAGUUAUGAUGGGUUGGAUGAACAAGAGAAAUGUAUAUUCCUUGAUAUUGCUUGUUUCUUUCUUCAUGUGGAAAUGAAACGCGGUGAUGUGAUUGAUAUAUUCAGAGGUUGUGGUUUUAGAGGAGAGAUAGCUAUGACAAUCCUUGUACAGAAAUGCUUAAUCAAAAUAAAGGAUGAUAAUUCCUUGUGGAUGCAUGAUCAAAUUAGAGACAUGGGAAGACAGAUUGUUAUGGAUGAAAACCAUGUUGAUCCUGGGAUGCGUAGCAGAUUAUGGGAUCGCGCUGAAAUCAUGUCCGUUUUGAAGAGUAAGAAGGGAACAAGAUGCAUACAAGGAAUUGUACUAGACUUUAAGAAAAGAUCAAUCAUUGUAGCAGAGAAAUAUAACUAUGUUACACUUGAUACAAAAUCCUUUGAACCAAUGGUUACCUUAAGAUUGCUUCAGAUCAAUAAUCAGAGUUUGGAAGGCAAGUUUCUUCCGGAUGAACUGAAAUGGCUACAAUGGCAAGGAUGUCCUUUGGAAUGCAUUCCUUUGGACACAUUGCCACGUGAAUUGGCUGUCCUUGAUCUCUCAAAUGCCGAGAAAAUUAGAAGCUUGCGGGGAUUGGAAAGUCACAAGCAGGUUCCAGAGAACCUAAUGGUCAUUAACCUCUCCGACUGCUACCAACUUGCUGCAAUCCCUGAUUUAUCUAGGUGUCUCAAGCUAGAGAAAAUUAUUUUGGAGAAUUGCACUAAUCUAAAAAGGAUUCAUGAAUCAGUUGGCAGUUUGACUACCUUGCGUAAUUUGAAUUUGAGGCGUUGUAAAAUCAUCACUGAGCUUCCCAGUAAUGUGUCUGGGCUGAAACAUCUGGAGAUCCUAGUUCUUUCUAGUUGCACCAAUUUGAAAGUAUUACCUGAAAACAUAGGCAUACUUAAAUCGCUGAAAACACUAGAGGCCGAUGGCACUGCUAUAGUAAAGUUGCCCGAGUCCAUUUUUCGAUUGACCAAACUCGAACGACUUGUUUUAGAUCGCUGCAAAUAUUUGAGAAGACUGCCAAACUGCAUUGGAAAAUUAUGUUCUUUGCAAGAAUUAUCUCUUAAUGAAUCAGGCUUACAAGUAUUACCCGACACUGUGGGAUUCUUGAAAAAUCUUGAGAAGUUAAGUUUGAUUUGGUGUGAAUCUCUCACUCAACUGCCAGAUUCUGUUGGAAACCUCAUAUCAUUGACAGAGCUUUUGGCUUACAACAGCGGAAUUAAGGAACUCCCUUCCACCAUUGGUUCUUUAUCCUAUCUGAGGAAUUUAUCAGUUGGAAACUGUAAGCAUCUCAAUAAAUUGCCCGACUCAAUUAAAACUUUGGCUUCAAUUAUUGAACUUGAGUUAGAUGGAACACCUAUCAGAUAUCUUCCAGAUCAAAUUGGAGACAUGAAACAACUAAGGAAACUUGAUAUUGGAAAUUGCAGCAAUCUUGAAUCAUUACCAGAAUCCAUUGGCCAACUGGGCUCUCUUACCACACUCAACAUUUUCAAUGGAAAUAUCAAAGAAUUACCAGUGUCAAUUGGAUUAUUGGAAAAUCUUGUUACCUUAACAUUGAACAAAUGUAGAAUGCUUAAACAGCUCCCAACUUCUAUAGGAAAAUUGACAUCUCUAUGUCACUUAAAGAUGGAGGAAACAGCUAUGUCAGACUUGCCUGAAAGUUUCGGUCAGCUCUCAAGCUUGAGAUCACUGAGAAUGGCAAAGAGGCCACAUUUAGUUCCCAUAUCUGUGGAGAACACUGUCUCUUUUGUGAUACCGUCUUCUUUCUGUAAUCUGACCUUGCUAUAUGAGUUUGAUGCCCGUGCCUGGGGAUUAUCUGGGAAAAUUCCUGAUGAAUUCGAGAAGCUAUCAUUAAUAGAGACUUUAAAUUUGGGCCAAAACAAUUUCCACAGCCUUCCUUCCAGUUUGAAAGGUCUUUCCGUUCUCAAGAAACUCUUACUUCCGAAUUGCAUGCAGCUGACUUCUCUCCCAUCACUUCCUUCAAGCUUGAUCGAGCUAAAUGCUGAUAACUGUUAUGCAUUAGAAACUAUACACGACAUGUCAAAUUUAGAGAGUUUGGAGGAGUUGAAGCUCACAAACUGUGGAAAAGUGGUAGAUAUUCCAGGUCUUGAAAGCUUGAAGUCCUUGAAAAGAUUGUUCCUUAGUGGUUGCAGUGCAUGCUCCUCCAAAGCACGCAAAGGACUUUCAAAGGUUGCACUGAGAAAUCUUCAGAACUUGACCAUGCCCGGAACCAAGUUACCUGAAUGGUUUUCUGGAGAAACUGUCAGCUUUUCCAAGCGCAAAAAUCUUGAGCUAACAAGUGUAGUUGUAGGUGUUAUUUUCUCAAUCAACCAUAACAAAAAGGAUAUUCCAACACCUGGAGUGUUAGAUGUUCAAGCAAAUGUUCUCAAAUCAGGCAGACAAAUUUUUAGUUCAGGGCUAAACAUAUGGGGAGUGCCAAGGACAGAUGAACCACACGUACACUUGCAAAGGUUCCAUGAUUACCAUCAAUUGGUAGCCUUUUUAAAAGAUGCUGAUACGGUUAGUGUGACAAAGAGGAGUCCUCCUAUUGAUGAGAGGUUUGAAAUGAUAAAAUGUGGAAUUCAUUUAAUCUUUGAAGGGGAGGAUGACUAUGAGGGAGAUGAAGAAUCGUUGGACAAAGGCUUACAAUCUGUCUCAGAAAGGAUGGCUAUGUUUUUUAACACUUAUGGUGAAGGUGUUGAUGCAACGGAGAGUGAAGAUAAGUGUCAACAUGAAUUGGAGCAGGAAAAAGUAAAGCCUCGAACUAGAUUACUUGGUGUCAAAGGCAAUUCCAUUCUGUUCUUCCUGUUUAAUCUAUUCUUUGUGUUGUUGGGUUGGUUUUGGUUGAGGUUUAUGUCAAGUGCUGAAAGAAGAGAUUGACUUGAACAAGCAUUGAAUAAUGCUUCGUCAAAACAACAUUACCUCCUUCAGAUUUGCUAUUGUUUUUGGCUUGUAUAUUUACGAGAAAAAUAUGUAUUUUUAGUAGUCCUGAAUUGAGAAUAAGUUAACUUGUCGAGACCUUUCUAACAUCGGCUAAUUUUUAGAUCUACAAUUUAAGUUUAAACCACCAGUUUGAAAAGCUUGAUUUAAUUGCAAUACAGGAAUCAAAACUGGCUAUGUUGUCAAUCAUGUUCUAGUCUUUCCCUCAAACAUGAGCUAUUCCACUUAAUGGAGGAACUCUCACACUUGUUUGAUGAAGGUCCAUAAACACUUCCUGAUACUAAUUUUAAAUGGAAUGAAAAAGAUGUUAAAACUGAGUUUUAACAUGUAAAAUCACUUGGUUUCACAUUUUGAAGAAUAAAAUCUUGAGUUAAAUCAUUUGCUAAGUCAAAUAAGAGUAAAAUUGGAGACUAAUUCAAUUAAAAUAAGAGCAGUGUUUGACUUG